AUGGUGAAGGUGAUGGAGAAGGAUACUGUGGUGGUAUCACUGGUGGUAUGGCUAAUCUUGGUUGUAUAUCAUCUUAAGCUCAUUUAUGCUAAUAUGGAAGGUGAUGCAUUGCACAGUCUACGCGUCAAUUUACAAGAUCCUAACAAUGUGCUACAGAGCUGGGACCCAACCCUUGUUAAUCCUUGCACAUGGUUUCACGUUACCUGCAACAAUGACAACAGUGUUAUAAGAGUUGAUUUAGGAAAUGCAGCUUUAUCUGGUUUGUUAGUUCCACAGCUUGGCCUUUUGAAGAAUUUGCAGUACUUGGAGCUUUACAGUAAUAAUAUAAGUGGUCUGAUACCGAGUGAUCUUGGGAAUUUGACUAAUCUGGUCAGCUUGGAUCUCUACUUGAACAACUUCGUCGGUCCCAUCCCAGAUUCCUUGGGCAAGCUGUCGAAAUUGAGAUUCCUUCGGCUCAACAAUAAUAGCUUGACUGGUAACAUCCCAAUGUCACUGACUAAUAUCUCAUCACUGCAAGUGUUGGAUCUGUCAAACAACCGUCUCUCAGGUGCUGUUCCAGAUAAUGGUUCAUUUUCUCUAUUCACGCCUAUCAGUUUUGCGAAUAAUUUAGAUCUUUGCGGGCCUGUAACUGGACGCCCUUGCCCUGGAUCUCCUCCAUUCUCCCCUCCGCCUCCAUUUGUUCCACCACCACCAAUUUCUGCUCCAGGAGGAAAUGGUGCAACUGGAGCAAUUGCUGGAGGUGUAGCUGCUGGUGCUGCUCUACUAUUUGCUGCUCCUGCCAUUGCAUUUGCCUGGUGGCGCCGUAGAAAGCCACAAGAAUAUUUCUUUGACGUACCAGCCGAAGAAGAUCCUGAAGUUCACUUAGGUCAACUGAAAAGGUUCUCCCUCCGAGAGCUACAAGUUGCAACUGACAGUUUUAGCAAUAAAAAUAUACUGGGUCGAGGUGGAUUUGGUAAGGUAUACAAAGGACGCUUAGCAGAUGGAUCAUUGGUGGCUGUUAAGCGGCUAAAGGAAGAGCGUACUCCUGGAGGGGAGUUGCAAUUUCAAACAGAAGUUGAGAUGAUUAGCAUGGCAGUGCAUAGGAAUCUUCUACGAUUGCGUGGUUUCUGUAUGACACCAACUGAAAGACUGCUUGUCUACCCCUACAUGGCGAAUGGAAGUGUUGCAUCAUGCCUGAGAGAACGACCGCCUUCUGAACCACCACUUGAUUGGCCAACGCGAAAACGUAUUGCUUUGGGGUCUGCCAGGGGAUUAUCGUAUUUGCAUGAUCAUUGUGACCCUAAGAUUAUCCAUCGUGAUGUGAAGGCUGCAAAUAUAUUGCUAGAUGAAGAAUUUGAGGCUGUUGUUGGAGACUUUGGUUUGGCUAAACUUAUGGACUACAAGGAUACACAUGUUACAACUGCUGUGCGUGGUACAAUCGGGCAUAUAGCUCCAGAAUACCUUUCCACAGGGAAGUCUUCAGAAAAGACUGAUGUUUUUGGGUAUGGGAUCAUGCUUCUGGAGCUAAUCACCGGCCAACGUGCUUUUGAUCUUGCUCGGCUGGCAAAUGAUGACGAUGUCAUGUUGCUUGACUGGGUGAAAGGACUCCUCAAAGAGAAGAAACUGGAAAUGCUGGUUGACCCUGAUCUUCAGAACAAAUAUGUGGAGGCUGAGGUGGAGCAACUGAUCCAGGUAGCAUUGCUUUGUACACAAAGCAACCCAAUGGAUCGGCCUAAGAUGUCGGAAGUGGUGAGAAUGCUUGAAGGUGAUGGUUUGGCUGAAAGAUGGGAUGAGUGGCAGAAGGUAGAAGUUCUCCGGCAGGAAGUGGAACUUGCACCACAUCCUGGUUCUGAUUGGCUUGUUGACUCGACAGAGAAUUUACAUGCAGUUGAAUUAUCGGGUCCAAGGUGA